AUGCACUUCGUUUCUUUGGCGAAGGAGAAUCAAGUUCAUCAGAUUUUGGAUCCUCGAUUGGCUGGAGAAGCAGAGCCAAAGGAUAUUGAUGCCAUUGCAAGGCUUGCAACCAGAUGCUUAAGAUCAAAUGGAAAAAAGAGUCCAACAAUGAGAGAGGUGUCAAUGGAGCUAGACGGAUUGAGAAAGACUGAAAGAUGCUUAGAGAUGCACCAAACGCCUCAACCAUUAAUGAUGUAA